UUUUGUCAAAAUUUCAAAAUCUGCCGGAGCUGUAAAAAUUGUUGGUUAUGUCUGAAAAUUUGAGUGUGAAAAAAAUUCCAAUCAAUUCAUUUAUAUUAUUUUAGUCGUCCUCUAGUGUUCUCGAAUAAAAAUUGUAUAAAAUAACCAUGGGGAACACCAUAUCAGCAGCAGACAAGGUCGCCGCAGAAAUUCUCAGUCCCAACGGACCCAUGAAGAAACUCUCUAAUGAAAUUGAAAAAAGUCAGACUCUCCACCGGCACACAUUUUAUCGGAGCAAUUACAUUGAAGUUCCAGAAGAAUGUCCUAUGCACGAAAAGCAACUCAGUGCUUUAGAAUGUCCAAUUCAACACGGAAAAAAUGAUGUCAAUCCUUUGAAUAUGAUGGGUCUAGCUGACCAAAACCCUUCACCUGGUCAACCGUUUCCUUUAUCAAAAGACAGACAACUUUCCACAAUACCAAAAGCCAUUUGGGAGGAAGGAGAGAAUCCUUUUUGGCUUUAUCCUAGUGCACAAAUGUUUUGGAAUGCCAUGCUAAGAAAGGGCUGGAGAUGGAAAGAAGAAGAUAUAAGCCCGAAAGAUAUGAAUGAUAUAAUUAACAUUCACAAUGCAAAUAACGAACAGGCAUGGAGAGAGGUAUUGAAAUGGGAAGCUUUACAUGCUGACGAGUGUAUGGAUCCGAGACUAAAAAGUUUCGGAGGAAGAGCAACAGAUUACAGUCCAAGGGCUCGAAUCAGGUAUCUUAUGGGCUAUGAACUACCAUUCGACAGGCACGAUUGGAUUGUUGACAGGUGCGGCAGAGAAGUACGUUACGUAAUUGAUUAUUAUGAUGGUGGAAAAAUGAAUAACAAGUAUCAGUUUGCUUUGCUGGAUGUUAGACCAGCAAUGGACAGUUUUGAGAACGUCUGGGAUAGGAUGAGGGUAGUUUGGUGGAGAUGGUUGUAUUCUGAUAAAUAAAGUGUUGGACAGUGGAAGUAGUUUUCGUUUCGUUCUAUAUAGUUAAAUAUUCGUAUGUUAUUAUUUAUUACAUUAAUAAAUUAUUCUUUGAAAAUAUAUAC